AUGAACGUGACCAGCUUAUUCUCCUUCACCAGCCCGGCGGUGAAGAGGUUGCUCGGUUGGAAGCAGGGGGAUGAAGAAGAAAAAUGGGCAGAGAAAGCGGUUGAUGCACUCGUGAAGAAAUUGAAGAAGAAGAAAGGGGCCAUGGAGGAGCUAGAAAAGGCCCUGAGCUGCCCCGGGCAACCUAGCAACUGUGUCACCAUCCCUCGCUCCCUGGACGGCAGACUGCAGGUGUCCCACAGGAAGGGGCUGCCCCACGUGAUUUACUGCCGGGUAUGGCGCUGGCCAGACCUCCAGAGCCAUCAUGAACUCAAACCGCUGGAAUGCUGCGAGUUCCCCUUUGGUUCCAAGCAGAAGGAAGUCUGCAUCAAUCCAUACCACUACAAGCGGGUCGAAAGCCCGGUUCUUCCUCCAGUUCUGGUCCCAAGACACAGCGAAUAUAAUCCUCAGCACAGCCUCUUAGCUCAGUUUCGCAACUUGGGACAAAACGAGCCGCACAUGCCACUCAAUGCCACUUUCCCGGACUCUUUCCAGCAACCCAACAGCCACCAGUUCCCUCACUCACCCAACAGCAGUUAUCCGAACUCCCCGGGGAGCAGCAGCAGUACCUAUCCCCACUCACCUACCAGCUCCGAUCCAGGAAGCCCCUUUCAGAUGCCAGCCGAUACUCCUCCUCCUGCUUACCUCCCUCCCGAGGAUCCUAUGACCCAGGAUGGGUCACAGCCAAUGGAUACAAACAUGAUGGCGCCUUCAAUGCCCCCUGACAUAAACAGAGGAGAUGUUCAAGCAGUUGCUUAUGAAGAGCCGAAACACUGGUGCUCCAUUGUCUACUAUGAGCUCAACAAUCGUGUGGGUGAAGCGUUCCAUGCCUCCUCCACAAGCGUGUUGGUGGAUGGUUUCACCGAUCCUUCUAACAACAAGAACCGGUUCUGCCUUGGGCUGCUCUCCAACGUUAACCGGAAUUCCACCAUUGAAAACACCAGGCGGCACAUUGGCAAAGGAGUUCACCUCUACUAUGUUGGAGGGGAAGUGUACGCCGAGUGCCUCAGCGACAGCAGCAUCUUCGUGCAAAGUCGGAAUUGCAACUAUCACCACGGAUUCCACCCCACCACUGUUUGCAAGAUCCCCAGCGGUUGCAGUUUGAAAAUUUUUAACAAUCAAGAGUUUGCUCAGUUACUGGCUCAGUCGGUGAACCACGGCUUUGAAACUGUUUAUGAGCUCACGAAGAUGUGCACUAUCCGAAUGAGUUUUGUGAAGGGCUGGGGAGCCGAGUAUCACCGCCAGGAUGUGACAAGCACUCCAUGCUGGAUUGAGAUUCAUCUGCACGGUCCUCUACAGUGGUUGGAUAAAGUCCUUACUCAAAUGGGUUCCCCUCACAAUCCUAUUUCGUCUGUGUCUUAAUUGGCCCCUGGCUUCUGCCUUUUGAAAACUAUUGAGCCUUGCAUGUACUUGAAGGAUGUAUGAGUCAGACCCAUUUAUAAACUGGCAAAGGCUGAGAAAAAAAAAAAGAGCCUUGGUGAUACUUGACCUCUGUGACCAACUGUUGGAUUCAGACGGAAAACCUUUGUAACAUACUGUUGGUAUCAAGAACCUGUUUAGUUUACAUGAUAACAUUCUGGUGUAAAAUGGAUGAAAUGCAAAUCUUUCCAGCAGGAUUGCGGGUGACCGAGCCGAAGACAGAGCUGUAGGCAGAUGCUUCUGGCGGAUUUGGCACUUAAUGGUCAUGUUCUGGCAACGUCCAGCAUUAACUGUUAGUCUGAAGUGUGUUUUUUUUUUUUUUAUCGGGUUGAGAGUCCAUGCUGACAGGGUUGUCUACCUGGACUUUUACAAUUAUUUUAAAAUUGUUUAGUAAUAGAUAAUCUUUUAAAAAAAAAUGAAAUGAUAAUCUUGACGAUAAUGCAUUAUAAUCUUUUUAAAAUCAUGUACUGAACAUACUGCUGUCAGAACAAUGUUAGAUAUAUGCUCUUUGCUAAAUGUGUAUGUACAGUGUAUUUGGAAGUUUAGAGUUGAUUAGUUUAGAGGAUUUAGGAAUAUUGGGGGCAGGGAGGGAAAAGUGACAACUGAAAACGUAGAUUAUACUGUAAACCCAGCUUUAUUAGUUUCAAGAAACCAACUGAACUCUGAAAUUUGCUGUGUUUCCUUUUUGUGAUUUUUUUUUUUUUAAUCCUAGUUGUAAUUUUGGCAUUUUUCCCUCUCCUUCUCCUCCUCCCCUGCUCCAAAAAACGGUUAUGCAGCUGGUUAAUUCUUAUAACUGUGAGAGCAAAUUAAUAAUUCCUGCAGUCCUAAAGUGGACUGCUUGUAUAUUUCAAGACAAAUUGUACAAUAUGCUCAAAUUUAUUGAGCAGUUUUAUGCAGUUUACAUUACUGAAGUAGGCUUUAAUUUUUAAGUGAAUUGUUUUGCCAAACCUAGUUAAAUGUGCUAAAUGUUUGGAGGAGUAAAAGAAAAAAACCUGUUUGAAUCCAUUUCAAACUUUUUUUUAAAAAAAGAAAUAUUUUUAAUUUUUUGUACUAUGUUUGGUUUUAUUUUACCUCUGCUAAUCUUUUAUAUUCACUUAAGCUGUAGUACUUUGAGUACUUUUAUUCCAAAACUAGUGGGUCUUCUCUACUGGAAAUUUUAAAUAAACCUGUCAUUAUUGCUUA